AUGGAUGCCAGUCCUCCGAGUCUCUCCAUGACAGCUUUCCCAGGGACCCCGAGUGUCCGGUUCAUUCUCCAUGUCACCCCUGAGAAUGCAGAGUUCUUAAUGAUGAAGUCCUCUGUACAUACAGAAGAAGAUGACUUUGUGCCAGAGCUUCAGCGAAGCAUCCAUCCCAGAGAGAGGCCAGACUGGGAGGAGACUCUCAGCGCGAUGGCAAGAGGUGCAGAUAUCCCUGACAUUCCGGGGGAGCUGGCGCUCCGGACCUGUGGCAGCACAGCAAGUAUGAAAGUGAAGAAUGUAAAAAAGUUAUCCUUUACAAAGGGUCAUUUCCCGAAGAUGGCUGAAUGUGCACAUUUCCAUUAUGAGAACGUGGACUUUGGCAACAUACAGCUUUCGCUCCCAGAGGAACAGAAUGAAGUAACGAGGAACGGCUGUGAAUCCAAGGAACUGGUCUACCUGGUACAGAUCUCUUGUCAGGGGAGGAGCUGGAUCGUGAAGCGGAGUUAUGAAGAUUUCCGAGUACUUGAUAAACAUCUUCACCUGUGUAUUUAUGACCGGCGCUUCUCCCAGCUCUCCGAGCUGCCCCGCUCCGAUGCCCUGAAGGACAGUCCAGAGCUUGUCACCCAGAUGCUGAUGGCUUACCUGGCACGUCUCUCGGCCAUCGCAGGCAACAAGAUAAACUGUGGGCCUGCUCUCACAUGGAUGGAGAUUGAUAACAAGGGGAAUCACCUGCUAGUCCACGAGGAAUCAUCCAUUAAUGUUCCUGCUAUCGCUGCUGCCCAUGUUAUUAAGAGAUACAUCGCUCAGGCAGCGGAUGAACUGUCCUUUGAGGUGGGAGACAUAGUGUCUGUUAUCGAUAUGCCACCAAAGGAGCUGACCACGUGGUGGAGAGGCAAACAUGGAUUUCAGGUUGGAUUUUUUCCUAGUGAGUGUGUGGAACUGAUUAACGACAAAGUUCCUCAGUCCGUGACCAAUUCUGUGCCAAAACCAG